ACCGCAGCUGCAUAGGAAGGAGGAGGAGGGUCAGUGGGGAUGCGCGCAGAAAUCUGGCUACCCAGCGACGAGCUGCGACGAUUUAAGUAGCUACCGAAACUAAUCACAGAAAAGGGCGCCCGUAGUACCUGAAUCGUCAAUCGUGUUUAUGACAAAACGCAAUCAAUCAAGAGUCCGGUAACCUUCGGGAAGUCGCGGAAGUAUAAUUCAACUUGAACGGAUUUGACACAUCACUGACAACAUGGCUGAAUUUAGCAUUGAUCAGAAAAAACUACCCGGAGUAAAAGAAGUGUGUCGGGACUUUGCAGUUCUGGAAGAUCAUUGCCUGGCCCACAACCUGCAGGAGCAGGAGAUCGAGAGCCACUUGGCCUCUAACGUCCAUAAGAGUCGACUGGUGCAGCAGGACCUGCAGGUGGCCAAGCGCAUGCAGGAGGAGGAGGAUCUGAGAGCCAAGGCCCAGAGCAAGAGGCAGUAUCGAGACAUUGAACGUCAGGAUAAUGAGAUUGCCCAGGAGAUUCAAGAGGAACUGGUCCGACAGGCAGAACAGCAGAGACGGCAGGAGGAAAAGGAUGCGGCCAUUGCUCGCAAACUGCAGGAGAAGGAGAUGAAGGAGGAGAGAAGGAGGCAGAAGCAGAUAGAGGUUAACUUUGAGGAGGAGUACUACGAGGGUCAAGUCUACCAAGACAAACCCAAACGCCUUGCCCCCCCCGAUUCCUCACACCACGAUCUUUCCCGGGACGAUGUCAGGCAUGAGCCCAGCAGGACUCCAAACCAGUCCAAAUUCAAACCCGGGUCCCCCCACACUCGCUCCAGAUACCCAGAGCAUGACCGGCUGAUGGAGACAGAUCCAUACCCUGAACACAGGCUCCCAUCCAAAGGCAAGCAGAGACACAUGGAGUACCAGGCCACAGAGACCCAGAGAGAGAAGGACGCAGUGCUGAGGGAUGAGGGGGAGAGGGCAGUGAGGAGGAGAGGGAGACCUCCCAGGCCAGUGCCGCCACAGUUUGUUGUGGAGAGGGACCGGGACCGGGAGAUAGACAAAGCCGGAGAAAGACAUGGAGAUCGACCAAGGAAUAUAGACCGGGAGUCGGAUCUGGCGCAGGAGAGACCCUCUGAAAGAGAAGGGAGGAGAGAAGCAUGCAGAGCGGGGGAACCUAAAAGAGACAAGGACAGAGAGAAUGACCGACAGAGGAAUGGAAAAAAGUCAUGUGACGGAGAGGGGAGUCUGGACGAGGAUGAUGACAAUCUGAAGGCCAGGAGCAGGGAGAGACUCCUGCUGGAGGCUCGCGUCCCUAGUCGCGCCAGAGCGUGGGGGGAGGAGGAGGAUUAUGAUGACGGUAAAGGUUAUGUUAGGGGAACACUGGUGGUUCCCUCCAGUGUGGUGGGGGACCAGUGGGAGGAGCACCGGAGCAGAAGAGAAGGGAGGAGGAGAGAGGAGAAAGAUCCUUACAAGGAUGUUCCCAGGGGAGAACGUUCUCUCAGACAUCCCCCAAGAGAGCCAGGCCAUGUUGUGCAAGGAGGCGUGGGGGGAGGUGCGGCUGUGCUGGCAGGAGGGGAGUACGGUGUGGGCGAGGCCACCCAGGGGUUGACCCGUCUGGAGCUGAGGGAAUUACGAGAGCAGGAGCUCAGGGACUUGGAGGUUGCCCGCAAGAUGCAGGAGGAGGAGAUAAAGGCCAGUAAGAUCGACAAGCGUGCCGCCCAAGUAGCUCAAGAUGAGGAGAUUGCCCGGUUGCUGAUGGAGCAGGAGAAAAAGGAGUAUAAGAAGUCCAAAGAGAAGGAGAGGCAGGCCCUGGAGAAGAGGAGGCCAGAGGGAGACUACAAACUAAGUACAGAGGAGGUGGUAAGGCCCAGAUCCAGAGAGGAAUAUGAAUACCAGAGGCAAAAGAACCACAACAAGCCUGACAGGCCUCCUCGGCCUCGCACACCCGAAUACGAGAACGUCAAUCCUGGCAACGGUUACUCAGAGAACCCCUUCACUCCUCGCGUUCCAUCCAGACCCGAGGCUGCCUACAAAGGUGCAUAUUACAGGCAGUGACCAACAGAUUGCCAAUGAUGUCCAGACAUCCCUUGUUUUUACCUUUUCAUUUUGACUCAUCAUGGCUGUCUACAAAAAUAAGAUGACUCCCUGUGUAUCCAGAGCCUUGAAGGAUUUACUGACUGGGUCCCGAGGUGUUUUUCAACCCCAUCUCAGUGGUCCUACCAAUCAGAAAGCUUGCAGCUUGAGAAGUUUAUCCCACACACUUGUUUUGUUUUUCUUUUAAUUGGCUCGACACUUAAGACAGCCCAAAAGAGAUGGCUUGUAACAUUAGUCCCCAGUCAGUAGCUGAUGGGGGCAGAGAUGGGGGGGAAAGGUCCUGUUUCUCAGUCGCCAUCAUCUGCUUCUUGCUAUUUUGUGAGUUUUGCUCGUGGUGACUCAGGAGUAUCGCUGGAUAUGCAAUCUCAGUUCCUCCAGAGGCCCUGUACAUCAAUGCUAUCCAACACAACAAGACCAACACAGGCACCACAUUGCAUCCUUUUAAUGCUAUAUUCUUUUUUGAGCGACAUUGUAUUCACGCAAAAGGAAACUUAUCAAGAUGCUGGGGGUUUUGCUUCUGUGUUUGUGUCUGGCUGUGAACUUCUUCCAUUGGUGUCUUUUGCUUGUGAGGGGCUAUUACUGGACCACGUGCAACUGUGGAUUUGGUGCAGAUGGCGUGUUAAGGGACAUUGCGUUACGGCUGUGUUUCUAUGUGCAUGCUUACUGAAAGUGAAUUAUUGUAUACUUAUGUUUUCCCCAUAAAAAAAAUUACCCACAACACCUUUGAUUACUCUUCAAGCCAAAAUCAAGUCUGUGUGAUUGAACUGAGUGGGAUAUAUGUUACUCAGCAUAAUGUCCUAAAUUCACUUAAUUUUAUGGAAAUGAAUCUGUAUAUGCUUGAAACUUGACCCUUUACAACCUAGAAGGCGUACAACCCAACGAAAAUAGUUUGGAUCAGUAUGAAGUCAUUGUAAUUAUUGCAAGUCUUAACACAAAGCGAAACGUCUUGCUUGAAUGGAUAAAAAAAUGUUUUCUGUCAGAUCAUUAAUUUUCUUGUUGUUUAUCACCUAUUUAAUUGUAAAUAAUGUAGGACUUACCAGUUUUGUUCUUGAAGGGUCUAUUUCAAAUUGUGGAUACUCUCCCAUCUCAAAAAGUACUGUAACAUGUAGUGAUUAUGGAAAGGAGGGCUUUUUAUUUAAUUGUAUUAUCUUUAUUUAUUUACCUUUCCUUCUCACUUUAUCUUGAGAUUCCAUACCAAAUCCAGAAAUGCUCUCCUUCUCUUGAUCAAAGUGGUGGUGUAUUUGCUUUCUGUGUGCUGCAGCCAUUUCCAGGAGAGAAAUUCAGUUUUUUAAAUGUGAGAGAUUUUUUCGUUUUGGUCAUAGACAACAAGGACCAUGAUGAUAAUCAGUGGGAUUGUGGAAUACACUGAUAUUGGCACACUUGAUAACAUAGGGAACCAUAUCAGAGGAUCACUGCUGUCUUAAAGGGGUUUUGUCCCUUAAAGGGACAUUUGCAUACUGUAACUAUACUGCCAUGAUUAUUUUUGACAUACUGUGGGUUUUCAGUCACAUCAUACAUUAUAGUGUUUAAUUAUCAAUGUUUUGAAUGUUAUUCAGUUGAAUCAUGGUGUUGGUUUUUUUCCCCUCAUUGUUCAACUUCAGCCAAGUGUAUAAUAGUAUUUUUAUUUGUUUAUGGGACUCUCAUGGUCACGUUAAUGCUUUAAAAUGUUUUUUGACAGAGAUGUGUUUUGUAUAUAAUGUUCGCAGACAUAUCUAUGUCUGUAAACUGUAUUGUGGUUGACAGGACAGACAUUGUGCCAUUUAUGUUUAACUUUUUCAGGGACAUUUGGAAAACUGGGGAUUAAUAAUCAAUAUAAAGUUAAUCACAGGAUGAUUGCUGGCCUGCCCCAUGCUUGGAUGUCAAAUUCUUCUUUGAUGAUAGCGCCUCCUUGUGGAGCGAUUGAAUACGAUUUUAAUAUCAGUCAUCAGGAAGUAGCUAAAUUUGUGAUUAUGGUUCAUAUGCAUUGAUUGCCCUUUUGGUUUUAAAAGAAAUACUAACCAAAGUGAAGUGUUAUCUUCCCAACGUACAACAAAUUACUAUCCAGGGUCUGUUUGCAAUUGACUAAUUUGAAAGCAGCACAUUAAGUGUGUUGGCAAAUACUGUAGUUUUGUGUGUGAACUUAUUAAAGGAUUCUGUUGUACCUUAACCAUCUUGAUUAACCGUAUCAAUAUUUGUAAUGGUUAAUGGUUUAUUCAAAUGUUAUGCCAAAUUGUCAUCUGUUUCAAUGUCACAUUUCCAAACCAUGUUUGAAGUGUACUGUAUGUGGUUUCACCUUGCUCCUCCUGAAAAGAAUCCCAAGUUUAAUCACCA